AUGUUAGACGCUUCAAAGGGAAUUUUAUAUCUUCACAAGAAUGGGAUGCUUUACAGAGACAUCAAACCAGACAAUAUCCUUGUGUUGUCAAUAGAUUUGAAUGGUGUAAAUGCCAAGUUAACUGAUUUUGGAAGUGCUAGAAAUGUCAAUUUAUUGAUGACUAAUAUGACCUUCACAAAAGGAAUUGGAACACCAAUUUAUAUGGCACCUGAAGUGUUGAAACAGGAAAAAUACACGAAAAGUGCGGACGUGUAUUCAUUUGCAAUAACCAUGUUUGAGUGUUUUUCUUGGAAAGAUGCAUAUCCUAUCACCACAUUCAAAUUUCCUUGGAAAAUUGCAGAGUUUGUUUCAUCUAGAAAGCGUCCUGAGAAUGGUGAACCAAUCCCAAUUAUGUUGUAUGAAUUGAUACAAAAUUGUUGGGGACAGAAACAAAAAGAGCGAUUAGAUAUUCAUUGCAUCGAAGAACAGUUGCAAUUUCUGUUUAAUCAUCAAUAA